AUGCCUGCGAAAAACUACCCUUCAGAUGCCGAGAAUGGCAUCGACUCCCGGGAUGCCAACACAGAGUCUGGAUACGUGAGCGGCGGCUCCAGUGACGAAUAUGUCCCUGAGAUUGUCUUCACCAAGCCUCACCUUCAGUUCCUCAAUCGUCAACUGCAAUUCCUCGAGCCCCAAGAGAUUCUGAGAUGGUGCAUCACAUCAUUGCCUCAUCUUUUCCAGACCACGGCUUUUGGCCUGACUGGCCUGGUGACGCUGGACAUGAUGUCCAAGUUGAAUGUGCCACGCCCUCAGAUGGUUGACCUUAUCUUUCUCGACACUCUCCACCACUUCUCUGAGACCUUGUCCCUUGUGGACAAGGUCCGGAAACGCUACCCACUCAACAACAUCCAUGUCUACAAGCCCCUGGGUGCUGACACUCCUGCCGAGUUUGAAUCCAAGUAUGGAUCCCGUCUCUGGGAGGCCGAUGACCAGCUUUACGACUGGGUGGCUAAGGUUGAGCCCGCUCAGCGUGCGUACCGAGAGCUCAACGUCCAUGCCGUCCUCACUGGCCGUCGCCGCAGCCAGGGUGGCAAGCGGGGGGACCUGGACGUCAUCGAAGUUGAUGAGGCCGGUCUCAUUAAGAUCAACCCCCUGGCCAACUGGUCCUUCGAUCAAGUCAAGGCAUAUGUUAAGGAACACGACGUGCCAUACAACGAGCUGCUUGACCGCGGCUACAAGAGUAUCGGUGAUUGGCACUCCACGCAACCUGUCGCCGACAAUGAGGAUGAGCGCUCCGGUCGCUGGAAAGGUCAACAAAAGACCGAGUGUGGUAUUCACAACCCUCGUUCCAAGUACGCCCAGUACUUGAUGGAGAUGGAGCGUAAGCGACAAGAAGAGGCCAUGACCCAGGCCUUGCAAUCAUCGCUUGCUGCUGCCGCCCAGUGA